AUGACUCUCCGCUCAGUUGCCCUCGCGGCACUAGUAGCCGCUGCCGAGACGAUCGCGCAAGACACCACCGUCGACAUCCCAAGCGACCUGGCUGCGCGCUCGCUCGUCCCAGAUGUGCUCGGGUACUCGAUCGAGCCCGUAUGGGUCAGCGACUACAUCAGCACGCCCGUGGCCGCGAACCUCAUGAGCGUGAUCGCCAAGAUAACCGGCAAGCCGCCGCCGAUCCGCGUGGGCGGCAACACGGCGGACCAGACGUACUUCCACUCGUCGCUGCCGACGGGCAACGACUCCGUCUCCAUCCCCGCGCCCCUGACGGCCAAGCAGUUCAACAUCACGGCGGGCUGGUACAAGACCUGGGCCGACUACUUCCCCGAGGACACCGACAUCAUCUACACGCUGAACCUGGCGGUCAACGACUCGGCGUUCGCGAUCGCGGUGGCCGAGGCCGAGGCGGCGCACGCGGCGCUCGGCGACAAGCUCGCCAUGUUCGAGCUCGGCAACGAGAUCGACCACUUCAUCAACAAGGCCUGGCGCGACCCCUACCCCGCCUGGGGCAUCGACGUCUACACCGAGCAGUUCCGGAACCUGACGGGCCAGAUCGUCGCGUCCGAGUGGUACGCGGCGCUGGACGAUGACGCGGACAGGCCGAAGUUCCAGGCGGGCGUGUUCGCGGACCCGCCGUGGGUCCCCGACCAGCAGGACGAGGUCGACGAUUUCGACAUCGCGAACCUGACUGCCAAUGGCGAGGGGGGCCUUGUGGCGAGACCCGAGGAUAAGGAGAUCAUCGGUAGCUAUGCGACGCAUCUGUACCCCCAGUCGACGUGCGACACGGAGCGCUGGCUGCGCAUGCGCUUGGAUCUGUUGAGUAACCAUACGGUGCUUUGGCUUGUGAUCAGCGUGUUCUUCUUUUUAGGCUUUGCGUUGCGAAUACCUCUAUUGAACGUAUCGCAGUACAUCCCCCAAGUCGCCGCCGCCGACGCCGCCGGCGCCCCCCUCGUCAUGGGCGAGACCAACUCCGUCUCCUGCAGCGGCAAGAGCGGCAUCAGCGACACCCUCGGCGCCGCCCUCUGGACCGCCGACUACGUGCUCAUGGGCGCCUCCCUCGGCAUCCAGAAGACCUACUUCCACCUGGGCGCCCAGAGCGAGUACUCCGCCUUCACCCCGCUCCCCUACCAGAGCAAGAACGAGACCCUGCAGCCGGGGAUCCGCGCAAACUGGUACGGGCACUACUUCGUCGCCAAGGUAGCCGCCGCGCAAGACGACGACGACGAAGAGCUGAGCAUCGCGGCGCUCCCCGGCGCAAACUCCAGCUCGCUGAGCGGCUACGCCGUGUACGCGGAGCAGAACGCGCCGCCCAAGAAGCUCGUCUUCCUCGACAUGGGCGUCUGGAACGGCACCGAGGGCCUCGCGAACAACUCCACGCUGGCCGCGACCGACGGCGCCUCCUUCAGCGCCGGCGAAAGACCCGUCCGCGCGCUCGCGGUCAACACGCCGUGGUGCGAGGGGCAGAGCGUCAAUGUCACGAGGCUCACGGGGCCCGGCACCAAUGCGAAGAGCGGGGUUGCGGUUGGUGGGGUUACGUUUGAUCCGCUGACGGGUGAUGAGAUUGUGGGCAGUGAGGGAGCUGGGGAGACGCUUGCGGUUGGGAAGGAUGGGCUUCUGGAAGUUAGUGUGAAGAGCGCGGAGGGCGUGCUGCUUGAGGUUCAGGGGUCGUGUGCUAGUGGUGGAGAGGGGGGUGAGGUUGAGACGUCGGGGGCGUCGGGGAUGGCUAAGGGAGGGUUGUUGGGGAUGGCUCUUGCGACAGCUUGUGGAGCUCUUGCGCUUCUGUUGUAAGAAGGGCACCUAGAGAGGCGUAGUAUACUUAGGCAUGUAGGUAGGUAUCUAACUACUUAGUGUCUAUCUACCUCCUUACCUAGGUAUCUACCUACCCACCAGUAACUCAUUCAGCCUCCAAACAAAGCACCAUAAGUCCAGACAUGCUCGCAAAACUUCAAGCAGCACCGCGUACAAUCUCAUGUUUAUUUGUAGAGAAUUAGUGAUUUGAGAAAAUAAAUAAGGAAAGAAAAAGGAGGGAAUAGAAAAGAAAAGUUUCUCCUUCUUUAGAUUAUAAGAAGAGCCGCAUGCCGCGUCAAGUCGAAGGAGAUAUCUCAGCACACACCCUCCCGGCCCCAUGACUGGGGAACUCAGAAAUUCUGCUUUGAGGGGUGAUAAUGGGCACGGCGACAAGAUGUAUCCGCAGACCCGCAGUUGCUUUUUCAUUCGUGACGGAUUCGUUGCCCUAUAUGUCGGAGUGGGAGAGGAAUGUGUUAGCGGUUCGGUUCUUCAUUAAAAAAUACCGAAAAGGGGUU